CCAAUUCAACCAACCAUCAAACGUUAAUCUUCCCACUCAUCGUCGACUCCCACAAACUUUCCAGCGCCAAUGGGUGAAAAGGAUCCGUUGCCGACAGGCCGGAUUGGGAAAUUGAGAUGAUCCCUUCGCAUACAUUCUCCCUCCGUUAGCCCGUAUAAAGAUUCUUUGUUUUUAAUUUGGUGGGUGGUAAGGAUAGGGCAAACAUUAAAUUUUCUCUCUUGACUGUAAAUUGAAACAGUAGUUCAAUUUGGGGUUUUGUUUUCUCUCUCCCUUCUCAUGAUUCUUGGACCCUAUGUGCCCCAACCUGCCGCCUGAUGUCUCCACAUUUCGAUAAUAAUCAUAUGAAAAGUAGAAUUAUAGCUGAGGUUUCAUCGAUUUGAAAGAAGAUCGGAGAUGGGUUUCAUCGGCACUGUGAUGGGUUUUUUUGGGUUCGGAUUUGGGAUCUCAAUUGGGCUUGUGAUUGGGUACUUCAUGUUCAUCUACUUCCAACCAACUGAUGUUAAGGACCCUGAUAUCCGUCCGCUGGCUGAGAAAGAUUCCAAGAGUCUGCAAAAGAUGCUUCCGGAGAUACCCUCUUGGGUGAAGAAUCCAGAUUUUGAUCGUCUGGAUUGGCUUAAUAAGUUUGUAGAGACCAUGUGGCCUUAUCUGGACAAGGCAAUUUGCAAGCAAGUAAAGCAGAUAGCAGCGCCUAUAAUAGCCGUGCAAAUCCCCAAGUACAAAAUUGAGUCGGUUGAGUUUCAAACACUUACGCUCGGCUGCUUGCCUCCUACUUUCCAAGGAAUGAAAGUUUAUUCUACUGAGGAGAAGGAACUGAUAAUGGAACUAGCAUUGAAGUGGGCAGGUAAUCCUAACAUCCUUGUUGCGGUCAAGGCAUUUGGGCUCAAAGCCACUGCUCAGGUGCUUGACCUGCAAGUGUUUGCCUGUCCACGUAUUACACUAAAGCCAUUGGUUCCAACAUUUCCAUGUUUUGCGAAAAUUCUAGUCUCUCUCAUGGACAAGCCACAUGUUGAUUUUGGAUUAAAAUUACUCGGAGCCGAUGCUAUGUCUAUACCUGGCCUUUACAGAUUUGUUCAGGAAACUAUAAAAGAUCAGGUUGCAAAUUUGUACCUGUGGCCAAAAAGUCUUGAGGUCCAAAUAAUGGAUCCUUCCAAGGCAACAAAGAGGGCAGUUGGAAUUCUUCAUGUGAAAGUAGUGAGGGCAAUGAACUUGAAAAAGAAGGAUCUUAUGGGGGCUUCAGACCCCUAUGUGAAACUCAAGCUCUCCGAGGAAAAACUCCCUUCAAAGAAAACAAGUGUGAAGCAAAGAAACUUGAAUCCUGAAUGGAAUGAAGAAUUCAAUUUUGUCAUCAAGGACCCACAAUCCCAAACUUUGGAUAUUGCUGUCUAUGACUGGGAACAGGUGGGGAAACAUGAAAAGAUGGGAAUAAAUAUCGUAUCUUUGAAGGAUCUCACACCCGAAGAGACCAGAGUGUUGACGCUUGAUCUUCUGAAAACCCUUGACCGGGAGGACCCACAAAAUGUGAAGUCGCGGGGGCAGAUUGUUCUAGAAGUAAUGUACAAGCCUUUUACAGACAACGAGAUGGCCAAUGUUGAAGAGACUGGAGAAGUACAGAAGGCUCCGGAAGGAACACCUCCCAAUGGUGGACUGUUAGUUGUCAUUGUCCAUGAAGCUCAGGAUCUUGAAGGGAAGCACCACACUAAUCCGUUCGUUCGCUUCCACUUCAGAGGAGAAGAGAGGAAAACAAAGACUGUCAAGAAAAACAGAGAUCCUAAAUGGGGAGAAGAGUUUGAGUUCACGUUGGAAGACCCACCUACAAACGACAAGAUUCGUGUCGAAGUUUUUAGCUCCUCGUCCAGAAUAGGUUUGAUACAUCCCAAGGAGAGUCUGGGGUAUGUGGAUAUAUCCCUUGCUGAUGUAGUGAGCAACAAGAGAAUUAAUGAGAGGUACCACCUGAUUGACUCCAAGAACGGUAGGAUCCAGGUCGAGCUACAAUGGAGGACUGCUUCUUGAUCGAUCAAAAUUCGUCUUCGUUACUCUUGCGCUGUAAAAUUAAAGGUUUUUUCGACAUUUUUUUACUUCUUCUGUGAUGGCAAAGCUUCUCUCCCUGUCCUGCUGUCCAUUUGGAAGGAGUCUCAUUGUUUGUUCACAAGUACUGAAAAAUAGUAAUAAAAAAAAAAAGAAAACAACAAAAUGGUGUAUGAUCUUUGUGUAACACUAUGCGUGCAAAAGUAUGUGUUGAAGUUUGAAACAUUUCCCGAGUUUCCAACAACAAAGUUGAGUUUUUGGUUGGAUGGAUGUGUGUUUUUUAUUUAUUGCAUUAUGUUGAGAUCCUGUCACAUGAUGCCGAAUGUCAUUAAAUGUGAAGGUGUUUG